UCUUGGAUCACAAAGCAUCCACUUUCUCUUCAAACCGCUCACUCUUCUCUUGUCUUGCAGUCUCAUCUCCUCUCUCUCUCUCUCUCUCUCUGCUGCUCUAUCUCGCCCGUUCUCUUCCUGUCCUCCACUUGGCUUUGUCCAUCAGCAGCUUGCAGGCUCACCGCUGUUCCUCCAACCUUUUGAGGACUCGGGACUAAGUCUCUGUCAUUUGGAGCUUUCUCUCCCCUCUUAUCUCCCUGCUUCCAUUGCGGCUUCCCUCCUCCCCUCUAACGGGAUCAUUUGGCAGUGGCAGAUAGGCUCUUACACUCCAGCCAAGAUGGCGAUGAACAGCAUCCUUAACGCUGACGACAUCAAGAAAGCACUCGAUGCAUUCGCAGCUGCCGACUCUUUUGACUAUAAGAAGUUUUUUGAGAUGAUUGGCCUGACGAACAAGUCUUCUGAGGACGUGAAGAAGGUGUUCACGGUGAUGGACGCUGACAACAGUGGCUACAUAGAGGAAGAGGAGCUCAAAUUUGUCCUGAAGGGGUUUGCCAAAGAUGGCCGGGACCUGACAGAUAAGGAAACCAAAACAUUUUUACAUGCAGCCGACAAGGACGGGGACGGAAAGAUUGGAGUUGACGAGUUCACCGCCCUUGUGAAAGAGUAGUCGCCAUUGAAGACUGACUCACAGACCACCUCCUGAUCAUCCCGGCAUCCUGACCACCCUCCUCCUACCCCAACACACACUUAACACACACACACACACACACACACACACAUGCAUGAAUGCAAAUACAGUAGACAAACACAAACACUUAAAAAUGCUCCCCCCGGCCAUACAUUCAUUCAUUCAUCUCAUGUUAUCCUUUUUAUACAAACUGUUCUUGUUUCCGCUUAUGUAUAGAGGUACAAACACGCCUGCAGGAACACAGUAGACCUUGCAUUUUAAAGCAAAGUAGCGAUUAUAAGAGAGAUAACCUAAUUUCCCUCCGUGCUUCAUCCCCUUAUUUAUCUUUUCUCCCUCUUCUCGAGUGCUUUCUCCCUCUCCGUCACUACUCUAUCCAUCCAUCCACCCAGUAAUGAGAUGUGUUACUAUCACGCCAUAAGAAGAAAGCGGUCAAGCUGUGAAUAAAAAUGAAUUAAAAUGGAGAAAAGAACG